UAAUGUAACCUACACAGAGAGCAUUAAAUAUACUUAUUAUGUGCAUGGUUACUAGUAUGUACAGAUUCACAUAUAAUAUGAAACUAAUUCAAAUAAACAAUUCUAACAGAACAUAAUACAUAACACAUUACAGUGUAUACAUUGUUUUAAUAAUAACAGGUGAUAAAGGUUUAUUGAAUCAGGUGAAUCUGAAAGUGUUACUUUUCUAAACUUCUGUUUGUAUGUCCAUACUCAUAAAUGCAGUGAGUUAUUCAUUUCAAGAUUAACCUGUUUGCGUGAUGGAUUACCAUUGAUGAAUAUGAGAGACUACAGACCAAGAUUGUGCAUGAGAAACUAAAAUAAGUUAAUUUGGAAUAUUCUAGUCUCUGUAUUUGUCGAGUGCUAGAGAAUGGCGCAAAGGUGCCCACAAGGGCAGUACUUGGAUAUGCUGGUGCAGAAGUGUAUGUCCUGCAGCAUGGUCUGUCAUAAACCUGUGAUUCUCACCCGCUGCUCAGAAUACUGUGUGACCUGGAGAUGCAAAGCUGUGUCCGGCCAGUUCUACGACACACUGCUGAAGAAGUGUUUUAAGUGCUCAGAGCUAUGUGGCAGUCACCCAUCAGCAUGCUCAGAAGCCUGCAAGAAUGCAGCGGCCGUGACGCAGAGGCCUAUUGGAGUGUCUGCAGUGCAGCUGUUCACCACAAGAGGGCGCUCAGUAUCCAGAGCAGAGCUGUACUCUGAGGCGCUCCUGUACUCUCUGCUGGGCAUGUGCAUCGUAGUGCUCAUGUGUACACUCACAGCUGCCAUAAUGGUCCUGCUGAAGAGAGCAAAGGGCCACCAGCAGCAGGAGGACACGAAGAACCAACAACCAAACAAACAUGGACAGUCAUCUAAAGAUUCUCUGAUGGCUCGGGCAGAGGAUGUGUCUCAGGAGGGCAGUGUGAUUCAGGACAGGCCGAAGGCGACUGAGACAUGUGUUUAUUGCUUCUCUGACCACACGAUGGCGCCACACGUGCUUUAUCAGCAGGCUGACCAGCGCCAGGACAACAAUCACCAUGAAAACGGGCUGGUCAAUCAUACAGUUAAUGCAAAUUAUGAUAAGACCAGAUCCUUCAGGAUUAUAUGUUCACCUACACAAACAAGCAUGUAAUAAUACUAAUGUCAGGCAUUCAUACAUGAGCAUGUUUCUGCGUCAAUCAAUGAUACUUGUUGGCUAUAGCCAUAGCAAACGUGCUGCACAUGUGAUUCAGAAUUCCUAUGGAAACUUAACCCUAUUUUAGUUUUAAUAAAUGUUAUAUUCAA